AUGCUGAAGCCGUUCCUGAUAAGGGAUUUUGAGGAAGAUUCCCAACAACCCGACAUCAUCGAAGAUACCGCUUCCGAUCUGUACAAUGCUACGGAUGUGAGCGUCGGCCCUCAGCGGCGACAUGGGCUUGUGCAGUUAGCUGCUGAGGAUUAUGAUGAAAUCGCCUAUAUACACCCGCAGGCUCGGUUGACUUAUCUAGAUGAGGAUGAUGGCGAAACCAUCACGGUCGGCUCAUCCCUUGAACUCGCCCAGCGCCUUGACGAGCCGCCCCCGCAAAUUACAGAUACCGGUUUCCCUACCACUAUACAUCUAUUUGAUAUCAAACGCAGGAAGUCUAUCACGGAUAUUUGGAAAAGGUUCGGAUUUGAUGAUAGGGCGAAACGUGCUGAAUCGCCAGAUGCCCAAGUUGUUGUGGACGACCGAAAUGAUCGUGAUGCAACCCCGGAACCCAAUACGAGUUGCGAGGAGAAGUUGGACCUCCACAAUGAAGAGACGAAUACGACUGGGAACGAUGCGCCCGAGUCUUUGCUCUCCGCGUUUGAGGCAGCGAUGGCCGGGGUAAUGAACGAAACACGGCACGAUCCCACGGCGAACACCUCGUCUAGGAACCCGCAAACCGAAUCAUCCUCUAAUCUCCCACGGGAGACGACGGAAGCUUUUGCUUCGGCUAUACGGAGUGUUAUCGAAGCGGCAGAAUCCAUCAGCUCCGGGGUGAGGUCGAAACUUCCGGAGCUCGAAAGGCAUCUGGAGAAUGCUAGGAGGGCUCUUCCCAAUGAUAUCACGGACUCUAUGCGAAAUGCUUUCAUGGUAUUCGAGGACCAGGUCAAGGCCAUGGUAUCAGCCCUCAACAACCUGCCGGAGACUAUUAGGCGGGACAAUGGCCCGGGAAAUGCUCGUCGCUUCCCAGAGAUUCCUACACCCGCCGAGGCACUAAAUGGAUUCCGCGACAUGGGUGCGCAGCUUGGUGGGAUAGGACAAAGCCUACUCGACACUUUCGAGUCGAGUGUUCGAAGCGCCUGGGCAGGGCAACCGGAGAGCUUUUUUACUGGCUUCCCUAAUUACUCCUCCCAGUCCAACAACCCCCCAACAAGCGGUCCGGGUAAUCCUACAACAACUCCCUUUCAACCCCGUGAUGCCACAGCUUCACCAUUUGCUUUCCCAUUCGGGUCGAUACCAUCCCCGGCCACAAUCCCACCACAAGCUCCUCCACCCACUUUCUGGGGCCCACCUUAUCCGCGCCCAUUCCCAAUGUCUUGGUAUGCACCCGGACCACUGCCAUUCACUGCCAACCCCGGUCCUGGCGCUGUACCUCAACCGCCAUCUGAUCUGCCAUCGUCGGAACCGCACAGUUUUGAACCCAUCCCGUCCCGAUCACUCUUCAUUGGUAAUCUUGGGUUUAACGUGACCGAGAGGAUGGUCAAGGAUGUUUUCACGUCUAAAGGUCUCGAGGUUGAUGUUUACCUUCCUUUGGAUUCCAGGACCAACAAACAUGCAGGGUUUGGCUAUCUGACCUUCCCUACGGAUGAUGCCGCUACGUCGGGAUUAAUAGAGCUGCAAGGGGCCGUUAUAGAUGGACACUGUAUCAAUCUUGAAUACGUUGACCAUACCCCGAUCACGUCACUAGCGCACCGGGCGACUGAGCACUCAAAUGCUGACACUGCCUCCUCGCCUCAGACCUCAGGUGUUGUUCGUCGUGAUACAGCUGAUGAUUCCCCGAGUACUGGGCGUGACAACAACAGCGGCUCAAAGCCAAACAACGAAACGGUACAUGAUAGGUUGCUUGCCCAAACGGAAGCCCGAUUCCCACCUGUGUCGCAGUUAGAUGCGCACAUGUUAGCAGGCCAAUCAACCACACCAAAAAUCAAAGAUGCCACUAACGCAGAAGAGGCUGUGGAUGCUGCUACAGGAAGUACUGCUGUCCCGCCCCAUCAUAUUCCUGGCUCUUUUCCGCAAGAAACAUACAAUGCUCCUAUUCGGGAAACUCCCGCAGAAGCCGGUCCAACUCCUUGGGUUCGCGAGCCUCACAAUAGCCGCCAUGCUCAUUAUCAUUUCCAUCCUCGCCGUGCAGCAACCGUACGGCUGCCAGGGCCGGACCCAAGGAGCUUUGAUCCUUUCGAGCCUCAGCCGGGGCUAAGACGACGGGCCACUGAACGCCAUUCGCUUCGGGGUAAUGGUCGACAUGCGGGCCCUCGCCACCGCGCUUCGUUCCAUCAAUUUUCACAAACGCCGCAAGAGCAAGCACCCGAGCGGACACAGCCCCUAGGCGCGCAUGCAGAAGAGUCAGCUCCGUAUGUGACAAAUAAGGAAGUCAAGAAGCAACAGAAGCAACGUGCGAUAGAUGAAUGCAUCAAUGCGUUGUCUCAGAUGGGGUACGGGAACGAAGAAGAUGGUGGCAGACAGAGGUUGGCAAUUUAUGCCGCCGCAGCCAAGGGCGAGCUCGUCGAAGCAAUUGAGAUGAUCGAGGAGGAACGCAAGGCUUACGAACAACGAGGAUAG